AGUAAACAGUAUUCAAAAUGGCAGACGACGAUGAGGAACAAAAUCGUGGAAAUGUGACUAACAACGAAAUGAAACAGAGCAGUUCACUGCAAAAAAUGCUCGAUUCAAUAACGAAAGAACGAUCAAAGCCAAGUUUUUCCAUUAGUGGUGAUUUCGAGUUGAUUUCAAAUGAAGUAUCAAAAUUCUGGACUGAACUGUUUUCUAAAUAUUUCUUGAAAAGUUCCCUUGGAAGUGAUGAUGGUAGAGAUGAUAUGUUAUUUUAUAUAAGAAAGUCACCAGACUUGAAAAACAAGUCAUUCUUAAAGCCAGAAAUUGAAGUGUACAGAAAAGAUUCUAAGUUGAAGCCAUCUUUACAAGAUGAAAGUGUAGACUGGGAAGAAACAGUUUACCUCAAUAUCAUUUUGCACCAGUUUGAGUACACAAUUACAUGUGCAGUGUGUACAAGAACUAGUAACAAAGAGUUGCAGAUUUUAAAGAAAUUUUCACAGCGAGUAUAUCCUUCUCCAAGUAAACGACAGAUGGACAGUAAAGGAACACAUGAAGAAAUUGCCUAUCCUAAUAUAUAUUUUACUGUUGAUAAUUUUGAUGAUGCCUUUACAGAUAUCAUUGUAAGAGAUAGUGAAAUGGUUUGUGUAGAACUAAAAGCUGCUGAUAGAACUGGUGUGUUUCAAGGAGUUAUCUUUCUUGGUUCUAUAAGAUAUGAAUCCUUAAAAAAAGUUUAUGAUGCCAGAGCAAGCCUUACAUCAAAAAUGGUGCAGUCAAUGUCCUUAGGCUGGUUGACAAAGUCCCACAAGAGAGUAGAGUUUGUAAGAAUGAGAGGUCCACACAGUAAAGGCCAUGCUGAGAUGGCAGUCAGUAGAGUUAAAGGGUCAGGGCCAGAAACACCAGACAUUGAAAACUUCCCUGUCAAUGAUUUUGAAGACUUAGACAAUCAACAAGAGGAAAACCAGUAUACACAGAGAAGAAUGAGUGAUCCAAAUGCUUCAUUUGGCUCUCUUGUCAGAGGUGGUAUAAAAAGAUUAAGUAUGAAAAAGUCAAGGUCAGAAGCAGAAAGGAUAAACGAUGACAUGACAGACGGCUUUCAUGAAGUAGAGGCUAGCUCUGUACACGAUGAAUUAGAAAAUGGUGAAGAAAGUGUUGGAUUUAUAGGAAGAACAUUUGGACAAGCAUGGCAUUUAUUUAAAGAAAGAAAAAGAGCCAAUAGUGUGGCAUUAAAUGCAUAUCUCACAUACGUGACUUUACCUUGGUAUCGAAUAAUAGCUGAUGUUUUAGAUGUAAGACAACAGCCAGUUCUAGUGUUCUAACUCUUAGGAACAAAAAUGUAUUAUCAAUUUCAAGUUGAAGGUACCAUGUCUUUGAAAUAUCACAGAUGAUCAGGGAUUUUCCACAUGACUGCAUGUGAAACAAAGUGACCUGUAGAAGAUUAUAAAUGUGUAUAUUAGGUAAAGAAAGAAGAAAGAAUAGGACCGAAAAAAUUGAAAUGGCAGCUUUAUGGUUAGCAGUGUAACAGAUUUUUUUUAUAAAUGAACAAUCAAAUUUUUGAUGGGAGUUUUAAAAGAGAAAAAUAUGACUUUGAGUAAAAGGUUUGAAAAGUUGUUUAUAUCAAAAGAUUUUAUUUCAGUGAUUUUUAAAUUCUUUGAGAGAAUUGUUUAGGUUAAAGUGGUAGGUGUAAAUAAGUAUUGAUGUACUUGUAUAAAUACAAUUUUCUGUAUUAUCUUCAUUCAUCCUAAACAAUUUGAUCACCAAAAGUUGCCUAAUAAAUUAAAAAAGAUAAAAGAAAAGAGUUCUCAAACUUUGUUGAGUAUAAGAUCAAGAAGAGGUGAAAACAUAUGAAAAUUAAUCCAAACUAAUUUGUCUUGUGUUGCAAUGAAGUAAAAUUGUGUUUUUAAUUAUAUCACUGCUUACCACAGCUGUGGAAGUAAGGGAUCCUCUUUUUCAUUGUCUGUCCACCAAUCACAUUGAUACUUCUGGAUUUCAAAGUGAGAGAUUUAAUGUCCAUUAUAAUUGGAUUUUUUUUUCAGGAUUGUGGACGAUAAUGUUUUACCUCUUGACCAUAUUUUUUACUUGUACAAAUUCACUACAUGUUGAGUUAAGUUUUUGGUAGAUUUGAAAUUCAUUAAUUAAGAGUUUUGCCUCUUUAUCAACUUAACUUUUAUUAAUGAAGAUUUCCUCAUUGAAGUUUAAGUACCACUUGUCUAAUGAUGCCCCAAUGUCCUGUGUGAUGGGAAAUUCUUCUACUUCCGUGAUAACCAUUGUUUAGUGGUUGUUUAAAAAAAAGGGAGAGUAUUUUUUUUUAUCACUUGACCUUUAUAUAUAUAUUACAUCAAAAUUGCAACUAUGUUUUUGUGUAUUUUUUUAUAAUGAUUUAUACUUACGAAACACUCAUAGCAGUGAUGACAAUGAAUUUAAGGAUUCAAAUUUUCAUGUUUUUUUCUUUCCUCUUAAAAUACGCAUAAUUUCUAUGUACAAUAUAUACAAAGACUUUUUGAUUAAAAAUAUAAGGGACCAUGUAUGAUAUAUAUUUUAGGAUGUAAUUUUUUUCCAGAAUUUGUUAAAAUGUUGUAUUUGUGUAAGGCUUUUUAAUUGGUGAUUUUUUGUUUUUCACUGAAAUCCAUUUGUUGUUACAUGAUUAAAGCAUUUUAUUAGUUAUUACUGAUUGAAAUGUGAUUUAUAUACAUAUUUAUGUUUUCUUAAGUUUUUGUUUUAAUGCAUAUUAGAAGAAGGUGCUAUUGAAAUAUAUCUAGUGCAAUGAUUUAAUGAAAUUUAUUUAUUAUUUAGUUACCUUUCAAUAUUUCCUUAUUAUGUUAAUACAGACUAACUGUUAAGGCAGAAUUUUUUUUUCAAAUUAAUGGGAUUUAAAACCUGAAAACUUUAAAUGCAGAUGUAUUCUCAUAUGUUAAUUUUGGAGGGAAAAUAUAGAAAUCAUGGAAAUAAUUUAUAUUGCAAUGAUUUGUAAGCAAGAAUUUAAAAAAUCAAAAUUUAAAGGAACUUAUUCAUGUUUAAUAUUAUUUCUGUGAUUUUUGCAUGAAGUUUACUCAUUAAAGAUUUUUUGGUUGAAAUUUCUAUUUUACAUCUUUGGAAAAAUAAAAGUUACAAUUAAUCCUAUUUCAAAUAUUUAAAUGCUGGUUUAAAAUGAUUUAGUUGCAUGCAAUAUUUCAUAUAAAUAUACUAACUUCUUUCCUUUGUGGCUUUUGUAUACAUAUUUACUGUUCUAGGCCAAAAUAUUUUUUUAUCAGGAAAAAAUAUUAUUUUUCUCCAUGUUUGAUUACUAUGUGCACCUAAUGGCACAAUGUAAAAGUCAAUUUUUUUAUAGUUCAUUUUGUUCAACUGGUAGGUACUCCAUUUCUCUUUUUAAACAUGACCUUAAUGAAUUACAUGUAUAAUGUAUAUUUUCAUUCAAUAAUGUUUUAUUGUGCUGCAAACAAAUCAACAUAGCCAUCAAUGCUUGUAUCAAAACAGUUUAAAAGUAUUAUUUCUUUGAAAUUACAAAGCCUUUCAAAAUUAAGAAUUACGAUGGAUUAUCUGCCAAGAUUGCCAUCUGGACAUCACAAAAAGAAAAUGUUUUCCUCUAAAACCACUCAGCCCUUGAAGACUUAAUUUGCAUAAGUGGCCAAUAGGAAAUAUUCAGGUUAUCACAUUUUAAACAGAAACUAAAAAUUAUUUUAAUAAGAAACUACUAAUAUUAUACAUUAUUCGUAUUAAAAUAGUUUCAAAUUUGCAGUUGAAUAACAGUUCAUGGAAACAGAUUAUCAUAAUGAUUUGAAAUUUUGUGCUUUUCAGAUAAAAAAUUUCUUGAAAUUUGAAGUAGCAACUUAUGUGAAAUUGGAAUAUUUAACUUUUUUUUAUUAAACUUUCUUCAAUUAAAAUAUUUUAAGGGUUCUUGUUUUAUUGAAGUCAUAUUUUGUGUAUUUUUUAAUCUACAAACUAUCACCUGAAAACACUUUUUAUACGACCGCAAAAAUUAAAAAAUUUUUGGUCAUAUAUUGGUAUCACGUUGUCAUCGUCACCUUUGUCCGUCGUCGUCAGCGUCGUCCAAAGACAGAUGGUUUAGGGAUAAUAACUUUAGUAUAAGUACCCGUAAAUAGAAAUCAAUAAAAUUUUAACACAAGGUUUAUAACCACUAAAGGAAGGUUGGGAUUGAUUUUUGGGGUUAUGGUCCCAACUGUUUAGGAAUUAGGGGCCAAAAAGGGACCCAAAUAAGCAUUUUGUAGUUUCCAGACAAUAACUUGUGUUAAAGUGUAUGAAUCUCUCUGAAAUUAUACCACAAGUUUCCAUAAUACAAAGGGAUGGUUAGGAUUGACUUUGAGGGGUUAUGGCUCAAACCAAUUAGUAAUUAGGGGCAAAAAAGGGGAAAAACAAGGGUUUUUCUGGUUAAAGGACAAUUGAGACAAUUUAAAAGCAGUAUAAGGGAGGUAAUCCAAAUCAAUUAAAAGAACACUGUUUGAGUACCUCCCUUACACUGCUUGUGAAUUAUGUACCGGUAUUAAGAAAUGGUGAUUGUCUUGAGGUGAUUAGCUGUCAAUUUAUUUUUAGCAGUUACUAUUAAUUAAUGUUAAUUUUAGCCAUGACUAUGUAUGUCAUUUUAUAUUUUAAAACUUUUAUGAUGUAUUUAAAUGGCUAAUUAUGGUUGCAAACUCCAUUAAAAAUUUGAAUUGAGAUACUGACCAUAUCUUGAGGGAAAGAUUUUUAGCUCACCUGGCCCAAAGGGCCAAGUGAGCUUUUCUCAUCACUUGGCGUCCGUCGUCCGUAAACUUUUACAAAAAUCUUCUCCUCUGAAACUACUGGGCCAAACUUGACCAAACUUGGCCGCAAUCAUCAUUGGGGUAUCUAGUUUUAAAAAUGUGUCCGGUGACCUGGCCAACCAACCAAGAUGGCUGCCAUGGCUAAAAAUAAAACAUAGGGGUAAAAUGUAGAUUUUGGCUUAUAUCUCUGAAACCAAAUCAUUUAGAGCAAAUCUGACAUGGGGUAAAAUUGUUCAUCAGGUCAAGAUCUAUCUGCCAUGAAAUUUUCAGAUGAAUCUGACAACCCGUUGUUGGGUUGCUGCCCCUGAAUUGGUAAUUUUAAGGAAAUUUUGCCGUUUUUGGUUAUUAUCUUGAAAAUUAUUAUAGAUAGAGAUAAACUGUAAACAGCAAUAAUGUUCAGCAAAGUAAGAUCUACAAAUAAGUCAACAUGACCAAAAUGGUCAGUUGACUCCUUAAGGAGUUAUUGCUCUUUAUAGUCAAUUUUUAACCAUUUUUCGUAAAUUUUUGUAAUCUUUUACAAAAAUCUUCUCCUCUGAAACUACUAAGACAAAUUUAACCAAACUUGUCCACAAUCAUCAUUAGGGUAUCUAGUUUAAAAAAUGUGUCUGAUGACCCCGCCUGCAAACCAAGAUGGCCGACAUGGCUAAAAAAUAGUACAUAGGUAAAAUGCAGUUUUUGGCUCAUAUCUCUGAAACCAAAGCAUUUAGAGCAAAUCUGACAGGGAUAAAAUUGUUCAUUAGGUCAAGAUCUAUCUGCCCUGAAAUUUUCAGACCAAUCAGGCAACACGUUGUUGGGUUGCUGCCCCUGAAUUUUGCAGCUUUUGGUUAUUAUCUUGAAUAUUAUUAUAGAUAGAGAUAAACUGUAAACAGCAAUAAUGUACAGCAAAGUAAGAUCUACAAAUAAGUCAACAUGACCAAAAUUGUCAAUUGACUCCUUAAGGAGUUAUUGCCCUUUAUAGUCAAUUUUUUACAAUUUUCAUAAAUUUUGUAAAUUUUUGUAAAUUUUGUCAUGAAUCCAUCUGUGUCCUUUGUUUAAUAUGCACAUAGACCAAGGUGAGCGACACAGGCUCUUUAGAGCCUCUAGUUUUUUGGGAAUAAGGGAAAGGGAGAGGUGAAAAAAAUUGGAGG